AUCUCAUGUAAUAGUGAUAAUAUUAAAAUAAUAAUAAUAAUUCCCAUAAACUUAAUUGGACGCUAAAUCACAUUAUAUAUGGUAUAUUGUCAGAUCUCUCACGCCAUCAGUCACCAUCCAUCUCUCUGAACCAUUACCUUCACAGAGUGUAUUAUCUUUGGCAAUUGGUAGAAUUUAUAUAAGGGAAGUUUUGGUUGCAGCAAUGGUAGGAAUAAAUAAGAAAAUUUCUGCAGCAUCAGCUAGAGCUCACACAAGAAAAAAGAAGCAGAACAGUGGACUCAAACUUGCAAUGGGGAUGUGCAAGACAAUAUCACUAGUAGUGUUGAUGGUGUUUGUGGCAUUUGUUUAUCAAGCAAUUCAAUCUCCAGCACCAAAGAUUUGUGGAUCUUCAGAUGGCCCACCGAUUACGGCACCUAGAGUCAAACUCAGUGAUGGGAGACAUUUAGCCUACAAAGAACACGGGGUUCCAAAAGAUGAAGCCAAGUACAAGAUUGUUUACAUUCAUGGAUUCGAUUCCUUCAGACUCAACCCAAUGCCCUUGUCUCAAGAAUUGGCUGAAGAUUUGGGGAUAUAUAUGGUGUCUUUUGAUAGAGCUGGGUAUGGAGAAAGUGAUCCGAAUCCGAAACGUACAGAUAAGAGUACUGCGUUAGAUGUGGAAGAGCUUGCUGACCAGUUGGGUCUAGGAUCCAAAUUCUAUGUAAUUGGAUUUUCUAUGGGAGGCAAGGCGACUUGGGGCUGCCUCAAAUACAUCCCUCACCGGUUAGCAGGAGCAGCACUACUCGCUCCAGUAGUUAAUUACUGGUGGCCUGGGUUUCCUGCCAAGGUAGCUAAAGAAGCCUAUGAUCUGCAACGUGUACAAGACCAAUGGACUCUUCGAGUGUCUCACUACGCCCCGUUCCUCACCUACUGGUGGAACACUCAGAAAUGGUUUCCUGCUUCAAGUGUUGUAUCUCGCGUCAUUGAUAUAUUUUCCAAGCAGGAUUUAGAGCUUAUUCCUAGGCUUUUAAGCGGAGACAGGACACAAAUAAGGCAGCAAGGUGAAUCCGUGUCAAUUUUCAGUGACAUGAAUGUGGCCUUUGGAGGUUAUACUUUUGAUCCUAUGGAUCUUGAGAGUCCCUUCAGUAACAAUGAAGGUAAAGUCCACCUAUGGCAUGGAGAUGAAGAUUUACUUGUACCAGUUAGUCUGCAACGCUAUAUUGCCGAAAAGCUUCCAUGGAUUCAGUACCACGAAUUACCAGGUGCAGGACACUUGUUCCCCUAUGCUGAUGGUAUGAAUGAUGCCAUUGUGAAGUCACUCCUACUGGGAGAAAAGUAGUCAAGUAGGACUAGAUAAACUCUUCUACUUGUUAAUAUUUGGUCACAGCCGCAGGGUCAAUUUUCUAAACUACUCAAUUCUCUCCUCCUUGUAGUUUUUUCCUUGUUCUUUCAUAUUCUAAAAGCAAUGGCACAUGUGGAUAGAUUUGUAACUAUUAAGAAUUUUUCAAGUUGAAGUUAUGAAUCUUA